AGCGCGGCCGGUACGGCGCUGAGGAGACGGUCGUCUUUCGUACGCUGGCCGGGGCCGGGGCCCGAGGGAUCAGCUCAGCGGGGAGGCAGGACGCGGCGGGCUUGGGCGUCGUUCUCAGGUCUGGUUCAUUCUGCAGUACUUGAAACAAUUUCACCAGUGUUGGAAUAGAAGCAUUGUGAAGAGGAAAGGCAACACAUCCACUGAAAGAAGCAUCCAUUGAAUUUGUUCUGUACAUAUGACAGUAGAUCCAGACACACCCCCCCCGUAUCUUUCUUGUAAAUGAGGAAGUUAUGGUAACCUACCGAAUGUUCCUAACAGAAGAAAGAAAACUAUAAAUACUCACAAAUGCUUCUUUUCAGAAUGAAAUUCCUACAGCUACUGUCCAGGAAAUGUGGCGGACUGGAAAUGCUUUUUCAAGUACAUUUUUGCCAAAAGCAAGUCCCAUAUAUGUGCCUGGCUACUUCCACUUGCCAUUAUAGUAAGAAGAAAAAAGUGAAUGGUUACGAACAAGUUGAUCAAGAAAAAUACAGAAAUUUGGUCUGCUCUGUGACAUCUUACAAAACCAGUGCCCAAACACCAGAGACAUUGUUUGAAGAAGAUAAUUUAUUAUAUGGGCCAGCAGAUAAACAUAGAUCUCGAGUUAAAACUGUUGAAACAAAAACUCCAAAGAACUGGGUUCCUCUCAUAAACUCCAACAAGAGAGCUCCACUUCUAGACAGUGGCUCAAACCUUCCCCUGAAAAUCAGCUUACAAAAAAGCAAAAUACCCAGUGUUACUAGUAUUCUUCAACAGACUAUUCCUCCACAGCAAGCCUUUUACCUGGAAAGAUGGAAACAGAAAAUGAUACUGAAACUUGGGAAAGAUGGUUUUGAAGAGUACACUAAAAAUCUUUUCCUCCAAGGAAAGCUCUUUCAUGCAACUUUGGAAUCUAUAUUUUUGUCUGAAGAGAUGCCAGCUAAGGGGCAAGGAGAAGACACUGCACUUUCUGGCUAUUUAUCAAGUGUACAACAUGUCUUGAAAGAUAUCAGUGAAGUAAAAGCUCUGGAAAGUGCAGUUCAGCAUGAGACUCUUCAAUAUCUGGGCCUGGUAGACUGUGUGGCUAAGUAUCGAGGCCAGUUAUGUGUGAUUGACUGGAAGACUUCAGAGAAAUUAAAGCCAUCUCUGCAGAACACUUUUGACAACCCAUUACAGGUUGCAGCAUAUAUUGGAGCCAUAAAUCAUGAUGUUAACUAUGACUUCCAGGUUAGUUGUGGACUCAUUGUGGUUGCAUAUAAGAAUGGCUCCCCUGCACAUCCACAUUUCAUGGAUCCAGAUCUGUGCUCUCAGUACUGGAAUAAAUGGCUUCUUCGCCUUGAGGAGUACAUGGAAAGAAGCUGAUCCAAACUAAGCUAUACAGAGGCGAGCGGUCUGAGUACAGACCUGAAGCGCUUUGUUCUAAUCUUAUCUUCUAUUUUUUUUAAUAUAUAUAUAUUUUUUUUCUUUUCUUUUUUUUUUUUUUUUUGAACAACCUGGGCUAAUUUCUUUGUCAGUUCUUUUCUCCUUAAAAAAAAGAAAAAAGAAAAAGAAACAGAAUAUUUAUUUGCUUUUUUUGUAGGUGACUUAGUUGGAUCUGGCAGGACAAUGCAGACUUAAUUGAUCCCUAUUUUUCCACAAAUGCAGUUUAUACCAUCAAUAGGAAAGUUUCUAUAAUCUGAAAGAUAGAUUUAAAUAAAACUGUUUAGUAAAAAUCA